GCACUAUUGCACACAUCAAUUUCUAAUUCUCGUUUCCAUAUUUUCUGUCAAUCUAAUGAUCGAAAGGUAGUUUGCCUUUUAAGAACGGUAAGGUAGGCAUACUUGGGGUCCGAAUAUUAAUAAUGUCUUACCUGCUGCUGUCAAUGCUUGUGAUGUUUUUUCUUGGUACCAAUAAACAUCUGGUAUUUUGAUUAUUGUCUGUCUUUCAAUGUCUAGUCACCCUUCUGUAUGAUAUUGAUUGAUAUAUUGGUUGAUUAGCAAUUCACCGCCAUCAUCAUCUAUCUUUGUCAUUCAUUUACCAACGCCGCAUUGUUCGGUAUUCACUCUCAUUAAUACGAUUCCUUUCCUUAAUUUUUACUCCAGUUUCAUUCUUUUUGACCAAUUCUUGCAGGUGCUCUUCGAUUGUUUAUAGAGUGAACUAUUUUUUUUGUUCGUUUAUUUGUUUCCGUGGAAAAGCUGUUGCGUGCGCACGAAAAGUGCAGAUAUACCUAAUUAACAUGGAAUACCAUCUCUCCUUUCUUUUGUUGCCGGCGGUGAGCUGGGCAGCUGUAAUUUCAACUCCAGCUUCUGCUGAUAGAAAUGUUGAUAUCAAUGAAAUUAAAUCGAACCCCCAAUCCCCACCAAUCUGCAUAUCAAACUGCAAUGUCCCCUCAUCAUCCUCCCCUCAAAGCCUCGAACUCCGCGACUAUGAAUACCACAGCAAUACGCAUUCAUUCCACCAUGCUAAAUACGACUCGGAUCCCCCAUCCGGUCCUCACAUUCCCACGUCAUGGAAAGUAGCUAUUGGAGUUAAUGCUUUCGUACUCCUCAUCACGGCAUCGAUAUUAGGAAUGCUAGUCUGGAUACUCAGGAAAGAAUACAGAAAGAGGAAAUUACUACAAGGCGAUCCGGGAUUUGUGGGCGCAAAAGAUGGAUUUGGGAGGAGAAUGAAGAGCGCGCGGAAUGCGAGGGGGAUGGGAAAUUCGAGGAGUGGGAGAGCGAGAGCUUGGAGUUACGAUCCGAUUAGGGAGGAAGAGGAGGAGGGCGAGAAUAUCGGGGAGGGGGUUAGAUUGGGGGGUUUGGCUUUGGGGGUGAACGGACAGGGCCCAAUGACUAUGCCGCUAGGUAUGAAUAACACAUUAACUCUUCCCGGGACUGGCAUCGAGAACGAAACUCUAGAAAAUGCGAAAGGAAAAGGAAAGGAAGGCACGAAAGCAAAAAGAGCAUGGAGGGGAAAACAUGUACGAUUUUCAAGCUGGGGAGGAGAGGUCGAUACGAGGGAUACGCUUGGGGCUGUGGCUGGUAGCAGUGGGAAGGAAAACGGCAUUGCGGCUUUGAGGGCGGAAACGCAUGAAUAUGUGCAGACGCCUUAG